AUGUUUAGACCAUUGCUAUUAUUUUUUCCAAAUGGACGACAACAACAAGAUAAUGAUAAUGAUAAAGUUCCUAUCGCUGCUUCAAGAUAUUCAUUCUCGCUAUUAGGAAUAGUAUACUCAUUAUUGUCAUCUUCGAUUAUGGCUAUGACAACUGUAUAUAUAUUAUAUACAUCAUUAGUAUUUAACUGGUCGUUACUAGAACAGGGUUAUUUUGUAUUCUUAAUGAGCGGAACGAAAGUAUUUGUUUUAUUUGUUUUGUAUCCACUAAUAGUAAAAUUCAAAGAACCAAUACUUGGAUUAACAUCAAAAUUCAAGGCAAAAGCCCUUGCAUUAAUAACUCCUUCAAAAAAUACAAUGAAUAACAGUACAGAAGAGCAAAUAGUUAUUGAAGAUGACAAUGGUAUGGAUGUCGAGAUUUUCGCAGAUAAUGUGAAUGAUAAAGAUGACGAGAAACUGAUGAAAAAUGAGUUAAUAUCAGAAGUCCAAUUAAUCAGACUGAUAUUUUUUAUUGACGCUCUAUCUCAUGUUGCAUAUGGUCCUGUUCUGGAUGUUGAUUUUGUUUGA